AUGCCAGUAAUUGCACAUAAUUCAUCGAAACGUGUGUUGUCUCCAAUGUCUGAUGAACAACGUGAAUCUACUGAAAUGGAUAACGAUCCUGGCACUCGUAUUGUUCCCACUGCACAAAGGAAGAGAAGAGCUGUUGGUGUCUCACCAUCCAACAAAAUUCAAGAUAAUGGACUAUCUAUCUCGAAUCAAGCUCGGCAUAGUAAGAACAUACAGCAGCAAAGCAUGAAUUACGCUAACAUCCAACUCCAGAACAAUUUCAGUGUGAAUAACAAUACGAAGGAACAACAAGAUCUUCAUAUUUCGGAAGAAGCAAAACGAUUUGCUCAGACUAGAUAUCCUUUUUCUCCAUUUGUUAUAGCGACGGAGCAGGAUAUUCGUGAUAAUUUAGUUGUUGAAGAUUUAUGCAAAUUUGCGAAGGAUAAACAUCAGUUUACUAUAGAUAUUGCAGGUUAUCGUCGAACAUCAACUAACAGUGCACAUGGAGAAUAUAAAAUUUUAUUAUUUGUUAAAAACUUAGAGACAUUUGUCCUUUUACUUGGUGGAAAAAUUUGGCCGCAAGAAUUAUGUGGACUUAAAUAUAAAUAUACUUGUCCUUCGAUCCCACCUCAACUAUCAGUAAUUAUACCGGACGUACCACUGAAUAUUAACUUCCAAGAAUUCUCAGAUGAAAUUCGUACGGUCAAUAAGAACAUCGUUUCAGUAAUACGUUUACGUAAUAGCGCACAACAGGAUAUUAAAGCAGUUAAAUUAGAAUUUAACUCCGUGAUAUCACGCAAAGAAAUGUUGGAUAAAAAACGUGUUUUAAUUAUGGGACUGUCGUUGGAUAUUGUGGAAUAUUUGGCCCAAGCUCAUGUUUUGAUCUGCUCACAAUGCAUGAAUAUUGGACAUUUCCGUAAGAACUGCACUCAAAAAGAUACUCAAACAUGUACUGUCUGUGGUGAGAAAACUUCAGAUAUUCGGUUACAUAAAGCCAACUGUUCGGGCAUUAUGAAAUGUAUACAUUGUAAUGGACCACAUAAAUCAAAUGAUACUAAAUGUCCUAUUAUAAAAGAGUAUAGGGCAGCACUCACAAGGUCUUUAUUAACGCAUCAACAACCAACAUCAAAUACCACCAACGCAUACCAUUUCAAUUCGGAAAACUUUCCUAAUAUACGGAUGAGAUGGAACACAGCAUCUCAAACAAAGUCAGUGAACCUCGAAUACAAAUGGCGUACUGUGGUUGAUGAAAUGUUAGUCUUCAAGUCCGAAAUAAAAACAGUGGUGCUGAAGUUAUGUGAUCUUAUAUUAAGCGACGUUCUACCGGAAGAUAGUGAUAGAAACUUAGAUUACACAAAAAAGGUCGAGGCGAAACACACUUUGUUAAGAAAUUGGCUGAAGAAAUGGAAGUCAUCGACACAAUUACAACAUGAAUCUAUCUAUAAAUGCAACCACAUUUGUACCUCGUUCUACAUCAUCAAAUUUAAACAUGUCUAAUAGUACUUGGGACCUAAUAGCACCAACUCUUGGACACUCUGACUUAAAACUAUUUUCGUCUGUGGCUCUUGAAUGGCAUAAUGCUCCAACUUUGGAAAGCUGUUUUUCACAAUGGAAGAAAUCCGUCAAAGAGGACAUAAUCUCCCCCCUAUCGGACUUACAUGUUUUAUGCUUUAAUGUGCGUGGGUUGGACUACAGACGGGGUGAAGUAGUCUUAUUAAGUACUCAACACGCUUCAGAUAUAGUAGUACUGACGGAAGUUGGACGUAUUGAUCAUUCUUUGGUGGCUGCAGCUUUUCCGAAGUAUCAAAGUUUUUACCAGGGUGGUGAGAAUAGAAACGGUGGUGUAUUGAUACUAGUUCGUCA